AUGGUUACAGAAACGAGAAUGAAGGCCAGCCUCGACUUUACGAUUCUACGUCCUACAUACCGCUCGCCGAGUCCCUCUGAACAAUAUUCUUUCCCGGAAGCAGAAUCCAAUCUCGAUGAAGUGGCAGCACCAUCACCCACAUACGACCCUAGCGAAGACUAUAUACGCAGACAUAAAUAUCUGGAGGAUGUGAGAUCGGAUAACUCAAGACGAAGAAGAACAUCUGGUGACCAUCCACGACCUGGGAAGAGGCAUUCGCAUGGGGCUGGUGUCGAGGCUUCAGCAUCUGAACCGCUCGAUGUCGAAGCACCCAGUUCAGGAGUGAGAGAAAAGACUGGAGAGGGACGCCCGUCAUCACGCCUUUGGACGGAAUUGUACACGAUAUCUUAUUUGAUUUUCUUCUCCUUCGUGGGAACCAUACUCAGGCUGGCCAUCGAGGCUCUAACGUUCUACCCCGGUGCCCCCGUUAUUACCAGCGUCCUUUGGGCCAAUGUCGGGGGUAGCUUCGUCAUGGGCUUUCUCAGCGAGGACCGCCGGCUAUUUAGCAUUGGCGGUCCAAAGGACAGCCCGGCUGUCUCAGAAGCAGAGGAUGAGGAUUUUGUAAAGGCACAUCAUGCCCACAAGAAAACUAUUCCGCUCUAUAUCGGUCUGGCGACCGGUUUCUGCGGUACCUUGACUUCCUUCUCGACCUUCAUUCGCGACGCCUUCGUUGCCAUCUCCAAUGAUAUCCCCGCGCCUCACGGACCAUAUUCAAGAGUGUCAAUAUACCAGUUGCCUCCCCCAGAUCUCAAAGCUCCCAAUGGUGGCUACAGUUUCAUGGCAGUUGUAGCUGUUCUGAUUACGGAGAUCGGUCUAUCUAUGGCAGGGUUAAUGGUUGGAGCUCAUUUCGCUCUAUUGACAGCACAAUGCUUGCCCCCUGUCUCAACAAAGUUCAUGCGGCAGUUUCUGGAUCCACUUAUCAUGUUAAUCGCUCCUCUAACCUGGAUCCUCGUGAUAUGUCUUGUUGUCCUCUUGCCCCAUUAUCACAGCGACAACAGCUUAUGGAACGCAGAGAUAUGGCGAGGCCCUGCGCUGUUUUCUCUCGUCUUUGCUCCAGCUGGCUGUCUCGUUCGCUUCUACGUAUCGCUGAAGCUUAACAGUCGCAUACCUUCGUUUCCCUUGGGGACAUUCGUGGUGAAUGUUGGCGGAACGAUGAUCUUGGGAAUGGCGUACUCGCUGCAGCACGCGCGGAUCGGCUCUACCCUCGGCGGAGGAGGAUUUACAGGCUGCCAGGUGCUGCAAGGCAUUAUGGAUGGAUUCUGCGGAUGUGUCACAACUGUCAGCACCUGGGUACUGGAGUUGUCCAACUCCAGACGACGACAUGCCUAUGUAUAUGGUGGAGCUACGGUCGCCGUCGCACUGGCAAUGUUGGUAGUGGAGAUUGGCAGUCUCCGGUGGACUAGAGGCUUUACAACUGCCGCCUGUUUUGUGUGA